AUGGCAAAAACCCCCAUCCUCAUUCUCGACGGCGGUCUCGGCACCUCCCUCCAAGACCACUACAACAUUACCUUCAGCAGCAGCACCACCCCCCUCUGGUCCUCGCACCUAAUGAUCUCCGACCCCUCGACCCUCCUCUCCUGCCAACGCGACUUCACCACCACCGCCGCCGUCGACGUCCUCCUAACUGCCACCUACCAAGUCUCUCCGGAGGGCUUCCAGCGCACAAAAACCCCCUCCCACCCGACGGGAAUCCCCCGCGAGAGUAUCGCCGGUUACCUUCGCACCGCGCUCGACGUCGCCGGACAAGCUGUGCAGAAUACUUCCGCCUCCGUGGCGCUGAGUCUAGGUCCCUAUGGCGCGUGCAUGAUCCCGGGACAGGAGUAUAGUGGGAAGUAUGACGGGGAGCAUGAUACCGAGGAGAAGUUGUGGAGGUGGCAUACGGACCGGUUGGGACUUUUUAAGGAUGAGGCGAUGGAGGGGACGAGGUUGGGGGAAAGGGUGAAGUAUAUUGCUAUGGAGACGGUGCCGAGGAUUGAUGAGGUGAGGGCUGUGAGGGCUGUGGGAUCUUCUAGGUUUUGUGAGGGGAUCCCGUUUUGGGUGGCUUGUGUUUUCCCAAUUGAGGAUAAGGAUACCCUGCCGGAUGGAAGUACCGUUGAUGAGGUGGUGGAGGCGGCGUUGUUGCCGAUUGAGGGGGGUGCUACGCCGUGGGGAAUUGGGAUUAAUUGUACGAAGCUUCAUAAGUUGCCCCGGUUGGUGAAAUUGUUUGGGGAUGCUGUGGAGAGGUUGUUGAGGGAUGGGCGUAUUCAGGAGAGGCCUGCGUUGGUGCUGUAUCCGGAUGGCACGCAGGGGGAGGUUUAUAAUACUGCUACGCAGACGUGGGAAAAGGUUCAAGAUAAGAGUGGUGCGGCUGAUUCGCGACCCUGGGAGGUGCAAUUGGCACAGGUGGUCAAUGACGCUAGCGCGACUGGCCAGUUCAGCUCUAUCCUCGUUGGCGGUUGCUGCAAGGCUUCGUUCAAUGAUAUCAAGAGGCUUCGCGAACAGCUCCGCCCGCAAUAA